AUGGAGAAAUCAGCUCUAUGCCAUCAAACUUUGAACCCAGGCAAGGACAAGCUAGCUCCUCACCCCUACGGUCCGCCCUCAGUAUACCAACCCCUCUGGACUUUCUCAAGCCUAGCAGCAUGGGAUCUAUUCGCUUUCCAAUGGCAUAUCAUCUUGUUGUGGAACAGAGACUACGAGCAUCUGGAAAAGCGGCUGGUUAAGCCUCGGGGAAUGCCCGACUCUUGUCCUUUCACAGCGUACACAUAUCCCUUCUCGUCAGAGGAAGCUAAAGAGAAGGCGACCCAACCGUACGGCCCGUUUCUACCAAUGCUGAAUCACUUUGGAUAUCAGCUAUUUGCAAUAGAACCGCCAAGAUGGGACCCGCUAGAGUACUUAGAGAACCGUCAAGUGGAGAAAAGGGAGAAGAAGCGAAAAAGAAAAUAG